AUGCAUGCCAUUCGAAGUCUUAAAACCGAUGCUUCACAAUUCACUGUGCAAGCUGUUUUACAGCAACUGCUCGGAAAGGAGAUCCAACCAUUAUCCUACCUUACUCGGCAGCUACAGCCACCGCAGACCAGAUACGGCAAUUUUGGUCCCAAACGACUUGAACUCUACUCGGUUUUCGAACAUUCUCGUCGUGCCUUUGAAGAACGACGUUUGUUAAGCCUUGCGGACUACAAAACUCUCGUCUACUCCUUUCGUUUAUCUUCCGAUCUCUAUUCCUUUAGAGAAUUGGCACAGAGUACAUCUUUCAAAGCUGUGCCAAUAUUUGAUACGUUGACA